CCAUAAAAGCAAUCUGUUUUCACGUGUUAAACAAAAACACUUUCAGAAAAUUUUGUUUGUCAUAUUCAUUUUGUCUAAUUUAAUUAAAAUUGUUCAACCAAUUUAACCUGAAAGGUAAACUGUAACGGCUUUAAAUUGGCUACUUCACGGACGGAGGGAUACCGCGACACCAGAAAAGAUCAGGUUGCUCGUAAACCUAGAUCUUCCUAUGGCUCUGGUGGUCGCAAUAAUAUCGCUGACGGUGACUGGGUUUGUUCUGAUUCCUCUUGUGGCAAUGUCAACUUUGCUCGAAGAUUAGCUUGUAAUUUAUGUGGUAGAGAUAGAUAUUAUCCAUCGAAAGGCGACAAACCAUCUCAUCAUUCUUCAUCCAAUCAAUCUUACAAUCAACAUUCUUCUCAUCACCGUGACCGUGAUCGUCAUCGGGAUCGGACCAGGGAUCGAUCUAAGGAUAGAGAUAGAAGUCGAGAUCAUGGUCAUCAUCAUUCUCCAUCCUCAUCAUCUCAUCAAAGUCGAGAAAAAGGCAGUUCAAACAGUAGCUCAAGCAAAAAAUUAAUUGGUCAUGAAAUCGGAAAAAUGGCCGCUGAAAAAUCACGGGGUUUGUUUUCCGCUGAUGAUUGGCAAUGCGGUCGCUGUGGAAAUGUCAAUUGGGUUCGUAGACAACAAUGUAACAUGUGUAAUGGACCUAAAUUUAGUGAAAAUGAAGAAAGGACUGGUCUUGGUGGCGGUUACAAUGAUCGUGGUCAAGUUGAAUAUAUACGCCGUGAGGAUUCUGAUUCUGAAUAUGAUGAUUUCGGACGCAAGAAAAAGAAAUUCCGUUCAUACGAUACCCCCAGGAAAUCGAACAGUUCCAGAAGUGAUAGAGGAGGAGAUCGACCAAGAUCCAGAGAGAGAUCCACUGACCGUUCAGGAGGUAGAUCAACUGAUAAAAAUAAAGGCAGAACGAAAGAUCGAUCUCCUUUUGAAACAAGAGAAAAAAAUAGAAGCAAAUCUCAAGAGCGGUCACUAGAGAAAUCCAAUCAUAGUUCACGACAAAUUGAUAAAGAUAAAUCACCUGAUCGAUAUAAAGAAAAAUCAUCAACAAGGUAUCGAGAAAGAGACCGAAGCAACGAAAGAUCACAUCGACCAUCAACAAGUGGUAACAAGUCAAACCGUGACGGAGACAAAAGUUCAAAAAAGGAUGAUUCAUCUUCAAGGUUCAAGCGAGAUUUCAGAGAGAAUAGAAGUUCGGAUGAAUCAGACGAUGGAAAUAAUUCUCAAGAUAAGAAAUUUCCAACCGAUAAAGAAGAACAUAAAUCACAAAAUAUAAAUUCAACCAAUUCGAGCACCUCUGAAAAUAUUAAUCGCCCUUUGAGCCGAAGAGAUGUAAAGAACCGAAAGUUUUUCAAUGAAAGAGAUAGUACCAAUCAAGGAGACGACGAUGAUGAUUCAGAUGAUGAUUUAGAGUAUUUAAACUCACAUAAUGACAACGAAGAAGACGAUGAUGGUGAUCUUUCUAAAUAUGAUCUGAGUGAUUUAGUUGAACCUAAAGACGAACCCAUUCUGUGAAUUUAUCAAUGAUAACUGACUGAAAAACUUCCAGUGGUAAAUUAAUUCAAGACUAUCCAAGGAAAAGUCGAUCAAAGUGAUCUCAAAUUUUAUCGAAGAAAUUAAGUUUCUCAUCAAUGAUUCAACUUUUACUCUAACUGGAAAAUCAAUGAAAGUAGAAAACGCAACUCUUUCUAUUCAUUUUAUUUAUUAUCAACAUGCUGAAUCCAAAAAUUUAUGACAAUUCUAACUGAACUAAAGUUGAGUAUCGUCGAUUCAAUUUUAAUCUUUCCUUUCUAAUAAAUUCACUAAUAGGCUGCAUGUUCAAUGACAACCGAAGCAAGUUUCCUUUCUCUUGCUAUUAUGCACCGACAGCAUAAUCAAUUUUCCUUACUUUUUAGAUCACAAUGAUCAAUCGAAAGAAUCAAUCCAUUUUAAUUUAUCUUGGAAAUUCUCUAAUCAAAUAACUAUCAAAUUAAAAAUGAACAAAAAAUCAAGAACAAUGUACAUUCUCACCUUUCAUGAUCCAUUAAAUUUCAAGAGAAAUCAUUAA